UCGUGAAAUUCGCUCAAGAAGUUUUGGCGGGAGGGCCAGGAAACCUUAACCGGAGCUGAUCCGCGGCGUAGACGUGGAUAAAGCUUUAGAUUAAGUGGGCAUUAUAUUUAAUAUUAAUGUGUCCGCGCUGGUGAAACUGGAUUGGACAGCAGCCGGCGCUAGAACUUGAAUGACAUUUCUUAACUGCCAAAACAAAAGGCAAAGCCAAAGGAAGACAAGUGCUUUGUGAGAUAGAUUCGUCCAACCUACCAAGCGCAAAAUGGAAGUUUCAGAAGCUCAGAACCAACAGGCGCUUGGAGUUGUGAAAAAGUUAUACUCUGUAGUCUGUCAAAAGCUUAGCAAUUCUGAAUUAGAUAAGGUAAAAACAUUCAUACGCAAAAACAAUCUAUGGACACACACUGGAAUCACUGAAGACGAGUUGCAUCGAGCAAAAACAGUGCAAAAGUUUCUCAGUUUAAUGAAUAGGAAAGCAUCGCCUGCCACCCUUCAUGUGUUUCAAAACUUGGCGGCAUUUAUGCAGCACCUGUCUCGGAGAGACAUUCUUGAAGAUAUUAAGUCUGCUAAUAAGGAGAUGUCAAAUAUAGUUGGUCCAAGAGUGAAGAUAGACUGGGCAUCACAAACUGUAUUUGUCCACGUACCUGAGGAAUUAAGAGGGCAGCAAGAGCAAGAAGCUUACAGAAAGGCACUCAAGGAAGGCCACAAGCAAGUGCACCGCACACGACUCAUGAUCGUCGGUCAGGAACGAGUUGGGAAGACUAGUCUUAAGAGGAGUCUCACACAUCAAAGGUUUAACAACGACGAGCCACCCACAGAAGGCAUUGAAUCCUCGGUCUGCAAAAUAGACAUCAAGCACGCAACGUCUUGGUGUCUGCACCAAGAAGGAGAUGAAUCAACCAGUUUUAGGCGUGAAUAUGAAAACACUUUGAGAAGUGAGGCGAGCUUCAACUUUCAUAACUUCUUCAUGCAAAACUACCCAGUUGAUAUUGAGGUGCCACUUGGGAUGCCAGUUAUGCCUACAUAUCCAGUGGAUCAGGCAACACUACCUGCAGCAGCUUCUCCACCUCAGACAGCUAUCCCACAACAAGACGGCAAAGACAGAAACUCGCCAGAAAACGAGCAAGCCCAGAAACCACAGAUAUCAGUUAGAAAAAGGCAUGUCUCUGGUGUGGAAGAACCAAUAGUUUUCAGUGUCUGGGACUUUGCUGGUCAAGAGUUGUAUUAUACAUUGCACAAGACAUUUUUGUCUUCUCGGGCGAUCUACCUGGUUGUAUUCAACCUCUGCCAAGAUCUGGACAAGCCUGUGCCAGUUCCAGCCAGCGCAAGAUCUGAUGAUGCGAGCAGCUCCUACACUGAUAGGAUGACACCAAUCCAGUAUCUGGAUUUCUGGAUGCGGUCAAUAUUUACAUAUACCAAAGAAAACUCCUCAGAGAAGCGAUUGGAGCAGAAGUCCCCGCCAAUCUUCAUAGUUGGGACGCACAGAAAUAGCGUCGGAGGAGUGGAUUUGCCUGACUAUGAGCGCAAACAAAUGAUUGAUAAGAUAUUCACUCGUAUCCGAACUGAGAUCUGCAACAAGCCGUACGUCAGAUUUGUGGUUCAAAACUUCUACGCCAUUGAGAACUCCUUAGAAACCAACAACAGCAAGAUUGCCAGACUUAGAGAGCACAUACAAAGCACAGCAAGGAAAGAGCCUUACAUGGGUCAAUUGAUACCGUUGCGCUGGCUGCAGUUUGAUGACAAAAAACUGAAGGAAGUCGCCAAGAAAGACAGAACACCUGUUUUGACACUAAAGCAGGUAAAGGAUGACUUUGGUGUAAAAGAUGAAACAGAACUAUUGACGAUGCUGAAGUUCUAUCACGAUCUUGGCCACAUUAUAUACUUCGGCGGGGAUGGUGACAAGAAAAGCCAGGCGCUUAAAGAUGUGGUCAUUCUGGAUCCACAGUGGCUGAUUGAUGCGCUCAAGAAAGUCAUCACCAUUACACCUCCAAGAAAACAGAUGGCAGACCACGUCCGGUCUUGGAAACGCCUCAAGGAAGUUGGCAUUUUGGAGGAUAUGCUUAUUGAUUACAUGUGGCGAGAGAUCCUUCCCCACAAAAAGGCCCUGCUGGAUCUGAUGGACAAGUUUGAUCUACUUUGUGAGCGUGUUGAUCAGACACAAGAGGAAGAUUGCAGUAGCCCCUCUGCAGCUGUUACUUCACCCCCAACAUUUCAGCGACAGCAUUCAAAGACCAGUCCUAAAGAUGAGGUCUCGUACUACGUGCCUUCAAUGCUGCAACGGCAGACAUCAACAAGCAAUCAGUCGCAGCAACCUAAGAACGCAAGCGUGUUCUACGUGGACUUCUAUGGAUUCCUCCCAGAUGCAUUGUUCCAUCGUUUGGUUGUACGAGCAUUGAGAUGGUCUCAAAAUAAAGGUGGAAACAACCCUGGGCUACAGUACGAUGCGGCAAACUUCUUUGUAGAUGCCCAACAUGAAUUUGUGCUGCAAAUGGUGCGCAAGAAAGAUCUUGCAUACGUUAAAGUGAGUGUCAUGCGGGCACCAGUCGUUCAUACCCGAAGACGACACUCAAAAAUCGAGAAGACAAAUAUGAGGAAAACACCCUCACCAGAUGUCACAUCCAAGGUACAUGGCUUUGUUGAAGAGAACCUACAUAACUUGCAAGACAUGUGGAUAAAGCGGAUCCACUACUGCAUUAGUGUCCUGUGUCCCAACAAACACAAGGUUCCCCACUUUCUACCACUGGAUGAAUGCUUGAAAAAGACAGAAGUUCCUUGCCGCUUUGAGAAUCCUCAAGCUCUUAUCAGAACAGACAAAUAUCAAGCCAUGUUCAAGCAGGAAAGCUCUGAGGAAGAAAAUUCCCCUCAUGAAGAUAGACCGCCCAUUAUGAGUGAUAUCUAUUUCAGAGAGCUGGCCAAAGACAUCGGGGGAGAGUGGGAGCAGUUGGCCUCAUACCUGAAGUUCAAAAAAGAAGACGUCGACAAGAUUAAGAUUGACCAUAGAGGGGUCAAUGAGCAAAUAUUCCAAAUGCUGGUACAGUGGAGUGAAAAAAGUGGAAAUAAGGUGGACAAGAUGCGAAAAGAGCUCAUCGGUGCAUUAAGGCAGGUUGACAAACCUAAGCUAGCGGAUAAAGUGUGGAAUUACUGAACUGAAAUGUAACUCUUUGCGGCCAACAUAUGUGCAUCUGUCAACUCAGAAGAGAUCUUUUCUUUUUAAGUUUUUUUUUAAGAGAGGUAUAACUCAGACUAUGAAGACUAUAAAUUAAUAACUAAUGUGUGAAAGGCAUUUGCUUGACAUGCAUGAUAGGGAUAUUUAAUUGAAAAACAGCUUCGACAAUUACAACUUGCGUGACACAUGAGAAAGCAUCUCUCAGGUGUUUAAUUCACUUAUGUAUAUUUGUUCAUCACCCAUGUUUAACCAUAUUCAGUGUGGGUAAAACUUUUUAAAAAGUUGCAAGUCUUCCAUAACUCUCCUAAAUAAUCUUGUCUCAGAUUUGCAUAAUGUUUAUAUCGUAAAAUAUAUAUUUUUUUUUCGUGUGUGCGAUUUUGUUUAUGCAAUAUUAAAUUUUUCCCGUUCUCAUUUAAUUUCCGCCCAAUUAAAAAUUCAGGACUGGAACAAAAUCUUGUGUGCAUCAUUAGAAAUCUGGUGCAUUCUAAAAUUGUCUUUGAUUGUUUAUUUCGACCCCAUUAUUCGGUCUGUGUUUGAAUAAUUUAGAUAAAUGUACAUGUAAACCACUGAAAUAGAAUCAUUGGUAACGAUUUCGUAGGUCAAAAAUCAAACAACACAAAUAAAUAUUGUGCCAAAUAUUGUUGUUACCAUUCAAAAUGGAUUUAUUGUCGGGUUAAAUUUGUAUAAUUGAAAUACAUGUAUGUGAAAUAUCAAACAACACAAAUAAAUAUUGUGCCAAAUAUUGUUGUUGCCAUUCAAAAUGGAUUUAUUGUCGGGUUAAAUUUGUAUAAUUAAAAUACAUGUAUGUGAAAUAAGUUCAACUUCAAUUUCACUCGCGUGCAAAAUGAAGGUUUCUUCAGCAAUUUGUAGGUCAACAAUCAAACCACACAAAUAAAUAUUGUACCAAAUAUGACCUUUUUUACCACUUUGAAUUGUCGGGUUAAAUCCGUGUAAAAGUGUACAAUUGAAACAUUGUGAAAUUAUGUAAGUUCAACGUAUACCGGUACAUGUAUAUCUAUUUCAUUCACAUGCAGGAGCAAGCUAGGCCUCUUCAACAAUUUUCCCCAUUGUACUCUGUCCUGUGCUGUUCUUUCCCAUGCAACGCUGGCAUGUUCUCUGUCGUCCAUUCACCUUCUGCUUUAUUUGUAGACCUUUUCCUCUGAAACAUAGGUGUCCACUACUGUUAACCUACACCCUCAAUGGUAACAAAUACAAAGUUAGGGAGACCACUUGGAGAUACCUUCGAACGAAUUACUGUCGGCGCUUGACGCUCGCGCUAGGCAUUACGGAUUUUUGCCAUUGAUCUCCAUAACAGAUACAUAAUGAAGAUCAAUGGUUUUUGCACACUGCAUAAAAUUAGUCAUGCAUAUACUUUGAGCCAUUACUACAUUAACCAGUACGCGAAUGUGGCGACUCCCCCUGCCACUUGGGCUUUCAAGAGGAUACAAAAGGGGGCCAUCAUCGGUCUCGCACGAAGUCUUGUUUGUUUGUUUAUUUUUUAUUUUUUUGUAAUGCCAAAAACAAAUCCUUUCGAACGUGGUGUGUGACCAAACUUUUAAUAUAUACUACAUAUACUUAUAUCUUUUGUAUUUUUCUGUGUCUAUGUGUCGUAUGAAAUUUUCAAAUGUAGAAUGAAAUUCAAAUGUCACCUGAUCUGUGAAUUUUCUGUGAUUUGUUGAAGUGCCUUAUUUAAAAUAUUGGAUGACGCUUGAGUCAUUCCAUAAAAGAUACAAUCUAUCUGCAAUAUUGUAUGAUUACAUGUACUAACAAAUGGGGUGCUGCGUAGCACUAGUGAAGAAGAAAAUGUAAAUUUAAGCAUAGUGCUCACGAGAAGUUGUAGCCGAAUUUUCGGACACGUCCUUCUUCAGGGUGUGAGGUUUCUCUCAUUAAUUAUUUUUUUGUCAUGAUUAGUUUUUAAUUGGUACAUUGUGAAAUGUUAUUACUUCCACUGUUUAGGCAUUUGUGGAUAUGAUUAAGUCUCUGGUCAACAUAUGCGUUGGACUCCCAAUGUAGGGGCCAAUGACUAAUGGCUGACCAUGAGUUGUCAAUGUUCUUUUAGUUCUCCAAAGCGAAAAUCAUGGUCGAUUUUUUCUUCUCCUAAUUUGUAGCUCAUUGCAGUACCAGUUUAAAGUUUUUAUUUUACUAUAACAUUAAAAUAUUUCACUUCUUGAUGCAGCUAAGUGUACAUGUACCUACCCAGUACUUUGUAUUGAUUAUGCCAUCACUGAUGAACAUAAUAUGUCAUGAUGUCAAAUGUUAAUUACAUAUGACUUGCCAAGCUGUUUUAGAAAGGGCUCUGACCAGAUGUACUAUGCUGCAUGGAUGGUGUACAAGCAUUACAUUCACUGUGUGGACUUCCGAUCAACAGAUGUCAACAUAAACCAGUUUUCAGAUACGCUAUGUGGACUUGCUCACGUCCACACAAGGUUUUCCCCUCUCUGGAAAACAGGUUAAGAGGUUUAUCCGUCGCAAAAUGAAGAGAAAUAUUCCAGGGAAUCAUAGGGGGAAAAUGGGUUGAAAGAGUUUUCACAGUUUGAGUACAAUGAGUCUACACGAAGAAAAAGGAAUGUCCACACUAGGUAUGAAACGUAACCAUGUAUGUGCCUUUAUUGUGCCGAAAUAUAUUUCGCUAUAUAGAGGGAGUCAAGAGAAAGUAUUUUUUUAAUUACGUUGCUCCAUUUCAUGAAAAUUUGCAAAAGGCAAAAGACAAAAAUCAAUAUUUCAGGGGGAAAAAGGGUCAACUUGUUCCUCGUAUUAAAAACACAAAAUCUGACAGUAAAAGUAAUAUUUCGGUUUUGACUCAAAUUAUUAAAAUUUCAUUUGUAUUUAAAAGCAUGUGUGCAAUCUGUAAUUCCCACUCAGCUCAAUAGCUUCCAAUGGCACUCUAUGGACAGCUAUAAAAAUAGAUUCUUUUAGUAAAAACAUCAUAACUUCUGAUAGCAUGGAGCAAUUUCAGUAUUUAUUUUAGUCAGGUGAGUGGAAGAGCAUGAUGUUUUGAGAAAUACUUUAUUGGUGCAUCAAAUUUGAUUGCCUUUGAAGAAAAACAAUCAUUACUCCAGAUCACUUUCUUUAUGACUCGCCCUGUAUACCCCGAUAUCUGGUGCAUGAUUGGAUGUGUUCGAAUGGAAUCAAAUAUUGAGAAGACAAACUUAUACAUCAGGAUGAAGUGAUUAUAAUUUCUAUCUGAGAACAUUCCUUUUUGUUACUAUGAAUUGAACAUUUUAUCAAAGAUUGUCACUGCAGUUCAUUUUGUAGAAAUGCAUUAUUUGCACAAACAAAAAUGAAUCCGCAUUUGUGCAUUUUAAAUGUUUUUGGAUACGUAUACAUGUAUAAGAUUACACAGUCUUUAACUUUUAUGACUGAAACAAUAAUAUUGCCGGACUUCCAA